AUGGUCAUCAAGGAGAGCAACAAAGCGCCCGCAAGGCCAUGGACAGACGUCGUCCAGGCCAAGCGAGCAGAGCGAGAUGCCCUCGUCGCAAAACAUCACGCAGGCAAUGCGGGAACCGACCUCUUGUCGAGCGGCGGGGACCCCAUCGUGAACGUGGAACAAGUGACAAGCCUCUUGGCUGCAGGCGACAUCACUGCGGAACAACUCACGCGCGUCUACAUUGCAAGAGCCUGCGAGGCCCACAAGAAGACAAACUGCCUCACCGAGAUAAACUUCGACAAUGCCCUAGAGCAAGCCAGACGCCUGGAUGAGUUCAGGCAAACUCAUGGCAAGCUAAAGGGGCCUCUCCACGGAGUUCCCAUGUCGUUCAAGGACCAAUUCAACAUCAAGGGCCUGGACACAACCAUGGGCUAUGCUGGCCUGGCUUUUGCCCCGGCCGGCUUGGACUGUCCUUUGAUCGAAACCUUGGAGGGCCUCGGCGCUGUCAUCAUAGCCAAGACCAAUCUACCCCAGAGCAUCAUGUGGUGUGAGACCGACAAUCCGCUCUGGGGACAGACGACACAUCCCGCAAAUCCAGCUCUCACAUCAGGAGGCUCCUCGGGUGGAGAGGGGGCCUUGCUAGCCCUCGGUGGCUCGCUGGUCGGGUGGGGGACCGACAUUGGGGGCUCAAUCCGCAUCCCAAGCCACGUCAACGGGCUCUGGGGCCUCAAGCCGACUAGUAAUCGUUUGUCAUACCGGGGCGUCGAAGUGACGCAGGACGGCCAGCAGCAUGUCCCCUCGACCAUUGGGCCAAUGGCCACCUCUCUCGACUCCCUGGUGACCACAACCAGACUGGUGAUCGAGGCGGCGCCGUGGACUAUUGAUCCGCUGAUUCCCCCGAUCCCUUGGCGCGAGAGUAUCCUGCAGGACGCGGCUUCGAGGACCUUGGUCAUUGGCCUAGUGCUGGACGACGGCGUGUCCAGGGUGCACCCACCCAUCCAGCGCAUCCUCACCGAGCUUGUUGCCGCGCUGCAGGCUGCGGGUCACGAGGUCAUCCCUUGGGACAUCAGCUUGAACGCCUCGUGCAUCGAGGUCAACGACGCAUUCUACUCGGCCGACGGCGGCGAGGACAUCCGACGCGCGGUCGAGCAGGGCGGUGAGCCGUUCGCCCCGAAGACCCAGGCGUUCGUCGACCGCGGCAAGCCCAUUUCCGUGUAUGAGUACUGGCAGCUCAACAAGAAGAAGGUGGCCAGCCAGCGGGCAUACAACGACAUGUGGCAGCAGGCGCGCUCGCCCACGUCGGGCCGGCCCGUCGACAUCCUGCUCAUGCCGACGAUGCCGCACACGAGUACGCCGCACGGCACCUUUGGUCGCUGGACGGGGUACACGAAGCUGUUCAACUUCCUCGACUACACGGCGCUGACUUUCCCGGCGGGCGUGGCGGACAAGAGCAAGGAUGCGGCAUAUCUCGAUUCUGGGUACGUACCACGCAACACCCUCGACGAGUGGAACUGGAAGCUCUACGAUGCGGAGCUCAUGGAUGGCCUCCCGGUAGGCCUACAGAUCGUUGGCCGUAAAUAUGAAGAGGAGAAGGUCCUAGGCGCAGCACAGCAGAUCCAGAAGCACCUGUAA